AUGGGACCUGGUUUUGAACGAAUUUUAUUGGGAACUGGGGCGAUUUCUGAGGAAAUUCCAUAUGGACCUUUGUCAAUGCUUUUUUUUCCAGAAAAUUUCUCCUCAAUCAAUCAAGUUGCCGGAAAAAUUGCUCGAUUCAAACCUACAAGUUGGAUCUUUAAAAGUCUCUGCCAUUUCGACUUUUCAUCUCUUCACAAUGCCCACCAAUGGAUCGAUAGGUGGAAGUGCCUGUAUCUAAUCAAGAGGUACAUUUCGGUGGUUUUUUUUGUAAUUAUAAAUAGUACAACACAAUUUCAGUACACCUUUUGCGUUCAACAAGCAGCUGUCUGCCAAAAAAGUUUUGUUCUCUAUGAGAAUGCAUGUCGCCUGAAUGUCAGACUAGUGGAGAGCCAACGGAAAAUGCAGCCACCAACAAAAAAUGAAGUGGAAGCAGAAGAAUUUGGUUCGUUAUUUUCAUUGUGAAUUUACAAAAGUUCAAUUCAAUUAUUGUUAUUUUAUAGAUCGAAAGAAGACGGAAAAUACGACAACGGUUGCAGCAAUGUUGCAUUCUUCAAAUGUUGUGCCCAUCAAACUUAGUUGACAUCGCUGAACCAAUGUUUGGAAUCAUGUCAGACCACAAGUUGAAAUUCCAACCACAACAGGAACAUACGCUGAUGAAAUUUAUGAAGAACCAACAACAAAUCCAUCUGUACCAGCUGGAAAACACUUUGAUUGCUCAAAUUUGGAAUAUAGAAACUGCGUUUUGAAAAAGUUGUCGCUGAGGAGAAGGACCCAAUUGAUAUUUAUGUAUUUACCAGCUCCAUCAUCAUCUUCAGUUGCUACUUCAACAGUUCAACCAAUUUCAGAAGUCACAACUGAAUAUUUGUCGUGAGUUUUCUUUUUUUUAUUUAGGCUGGCAAAAAUGAGACGUGUUUGUCUCGAGACAGACGCAGAUAUGCUAGCAACAUAUGUUUUAUUUUUAUUUUCAGCAUCAAUCGAUUCGGUUUUCGCUGUUCCCUUCCACCGCCCGUGCAUUUGUUUCUGAAGUUUAUUCUGACACCAGACGUACCAAUCAAAAAAAAAAACAACCAACUACCGGAACAUAAAUUGUUGGAAAUUUUGCGGUAAUUCAGAAAAAAACAUGGAAUAUCCUAAAUAUGUUUUUUCAGGUAACUGUUGCGACCCCAGUUCCAUCAAAUUCCAGCAGCUCAAGUUGUCGAUCUGGUGCUCGUGCUUCUAUUUUACACAUUCUGUGCAUCGAAUUAUGUACCUUGAAUGUGUCGAAAACGCUAACAUCUCGCAAUGUUGCGACUCUCAAACUCUAACAAAUAUAAUAUCGCUGUGGACAAGCUUCGCCACAAGGAAGAGGAUAUCGAUGCGCUUUUGGUCAGCAACAAUUCGGUUGUCUCAAUUGGACAAUUUGUCAACCAAAUCAAGUUUUCUGCAAUCCAAAACUUGCACACCUAAAAACAAAGACGGACAGCAUGUAAGUUAAUUUUUAAAAAAAAGGUAUCGUAAGAUUCAUAAUUUUUAUCCAUACAAUUGAGCUAGGUUUAAAAAUCGGGAAUUCGCAGUGACUAAAUACGAAACUACGAUUCAUCAUUUUUAUCCAUUAAAUUUAGAUAACAAAUCUAUUUUUUUGGAGCCAAAGUUCGUGAUUUUCAUUCGGGCGGGUAGCUAAUAAAAAUUCCCGCCCGAAUGAAAAUAACUUUCAAUUUUUUACAAAUACAAAAUCAAUUUUUUUGGAAUAAUAAAUUAAUUGAACCUUUUUUUCAGAUCAAUAUCAACAAUUCGAAAAGAUCGAGCAACAAUUCAAAGUGGAUGAGCAAGAAUUGAUCUCGAUGUUGGUAAGUUUUGUAUUUUUAUGAAAAUUGGCAUGAAUUUCUGGAAUUGUAAUUUGAAACUGAUAAAUAAUUAUUUUUCUUGAUUUUUUUAAUUGAAAAUCUUGAAAAAUGGUUGAUUUUAUCAGUUCCAAAUUGGAAUUUCAGCGGAGAUGCGGAAGCUAUGCCCAAUUUUUGAAUUUUUAAUGAAAAACUUUGAAUUAAAAAAAAACGUUGUAACGAUUAUUUUUCAGAGGAAAAUCAACAAUUCGAAGUGGAUCACGUUUCUCGAGCGACAUUUUUCCAACAAAUCUUCUCAUAGCAAUUUACCACGAAGAUAA